GAAGACAAUGUGGCUGGCCCUUCUUGCAUAUCAACUUCCCACACUUCUUCUUGCCCAAGGAAAACAUUUCUGCAAAACACACCCCACAUUCAGAAGAGCAGUUAACACAGACAUUAUGGUCCAGUGUGGCUCUAAGUCAGUGGCCCUCCAGGUCUUCCUGUGUCCCAUAUAUUAUAAUGGAUAUAACGAGUCACUGCUGGCCCUCAACUCCCAACAUCGCAAAAACCAUUGUAAAGGGAUUGCUGACUGGACGGUGGACCCGCCUGUUCUCAGAUUCAACUUCUCCAUCACAAAGGCAGCGAUCGUUGCCUGCUCCACCAAGCUGACACUCAUUCAGGGGGUGGGUGGCGGACUGUUUGCAGACUUCUCUAACAUCCAGAAAGUCAACAUCUCAGGUAGUAUCCACUCCGAGGACUCUAGUACAGGAGCCAUCACCUAUAACCCAAAGUUGAUGUACAUGUUCUCCUGUGACUACCCACUGCAGUACCUGGUCAACCAAACUCAGAUGAGCGUGUCUGGGGUCAACCUGGCAGUCCAAGACAAUAAUGGGAGUUUCAUCAGCACACUGAGCAUGCAGCUUUACUCGGACAAUAGCUACUCCUCUGUGCUGCAGAUCCCUCCAGGAGGCCUGCAGCUAAAGACCAGGAUCUUUGCAGAAGUGAAGGCGUCCAACCUCACAAGCAGAUUCAACGUGCUCCUGGACCGAUGUUACGCCACAGUUUUGCCUUUCCCCAUCAACACCACAUAUUAUGAUCUCUUUAUUGGGUGUACCCGGGAUAGCCAGAUGAUAAUGGGGGUCAACGGAAAGCGGCAGGAAGCCCGCUUCUCAUUCGAGGCUUUCCGCUUUGUGCAAAACACAAAUGCAACUCUCUCUACCUACUACAUACACUGUGCCGCCAGGCUCUGUGAAAAGUCCUUCUGCCCCAACCUCAUUCAGAACUGCACCAGCUCAAAGAGGCGCCGCAGCGUCAAUGACAACCAGGGCACCACAGUGAGCGACAUGGCCACUACCAGCUCAGGCCCCAUCACUACCCGCCUAGACAAUGGGCAUCUGAUGACAUCUGGAGGUGCUCAGCAGACUAAUAUGAACAGGACCGUGCUGACUAUUUCAGUUGCAGCAGGAAUCGCUGGAGUUAUUUGGUCUUACUCUGGUGGCUUUCAUUGUUUACCAGAAGUACAACUCCAAUAUACAGUAAGCUUCAAGAAGACAAAUCUAUUUCCACAACAGUGA